AUAUAGUCGAUAACGUCAUUGCUCUUCAAUUACCGCCGGGCCCCUGGGGCCCCAGUAACGGCUUCGAAAAUUUACCCAGGGUUGACGGUCUUUAAUAGUCUCUCGUCGGUGCUCUUAUUUUAACGAAGCAUUCAAAGCUCCCGCCAACGGAAGCCUUGCAGUUUCGUCGAUGUUGAUGGACUAGGCAACGCCAUUGCCAACGACGCGGUCGUGUAAGUGAGCGUAGCAUCAGACAAACGGCUGCCAAACGUUACAUUUGAAAGCAAGUGUACAAGAUUCUUCUUAUUCGCGAUUUCUUCCUGGAGGAGAGCGCGUUGGUGUCGCUCGUAAUUUUUACUGUGAAGUUAGAUCUGCGCGCGAAGGGGACUCGCGCGCGCUGCUCAAGAAGAACAUCAAUUCGCUCGAGUCUGCAAUCGCUGCCACGUAAUCGCCAACCUAGCGCCAAGCACGUGACUCCUCCGAGCAGUUAGCGCUUAAUUUAAACGCUAGUGGAGAAGCUCGGGGCUCGGAAACACACGGAAUCAGAGAGGAAGCGAAAAAUUAUUUUACUGCGUGAACAUAGAAGAAGAAGAAGAAGAAGAAGAGGCAAAAGCCACAUAGUUUUAUCGUAUUUACACGACCAGUGUUCGUCCAACCAACAAUUCGUCAGUAUUAUAGUCGGACACUAAAGAGGAAUUUGAAGCUAAUCACUGCACACGCAUCUCUGAUUCUCAUCGCGAUCGAUAAGCGAUAACGCAAAGUAAAUAGAGCGCGGCUAGGGCAAUGAACAUAUGCGAGACAUAAGAUUGAACUCGAUUUGAACGAAUAAUGCGAUAAAACGAGUCAGCUACCCGCCCUCGAUAAGGUGAACCGAGUGAUAAAGUGAGGUCGUGCGAUCGUCGUGAGACAGAAAGAAUCGCAGACGAGAUGUUGACUGUCGUUCGUAGAGCGAUGCUCAGUCGUUUCUUGGAACUUUUAACGAAUAGCUCGCGCACCGUCGCCGCCGGUGCCAGAAUGGCGUCCAGCGGAGGUCAUCGGGACCAGAAGGUCGUCCCUAAGGACGAGGUCGUCAGGUUCAUCGAGGAGUGCAUGUGCAAGGCGGGCACCUCGCCGGAAGACGCGCGCGUCGUCGGUCAUCAUCUGAUGACAGCGGACUACAGGGGUCACUUUAGCCACGGGAUGAACCGGAUGCAGAUGUACGUGAAGGACAUCGAGAACAGGAUCACCGAUCCAAUCGCCCGGCCUCAGAUCGUCACCGAUUUUCAGGCGAUAGCCCUCGUAGAUGGGAGGAACGCGUUAGGUCAAGUGGUAGGAAAAUAUUGUAUGGAGCUCGCCGUAGAGAAGGCCAAGAAAUUCGGUAUCGGCAUGGUGGCGGCGCGCGGCUCCAAUCACUACGGCAUCUGCGGCUACUACACGAUGAUGGCGAUGGAGCAAGGCCUGAUAGGUUUUACCUGUACCAACACGAGCCCGUUGAUGGCGCCGACGCGCAGCAUGAAGGCUGGUCUAGGGACGAAUCCUUUAUCAGUGGGCAUGGCCGCCUGCGACGGCGAUGAAUUCGUUCUCGAUAUGGCAACCACCGCCGUCGCCCUGGGCAAGAUCGAGCUGGCCAUUCGGAAGGACGAGGACAUCCCCGAGGGCUGGGCACUUGGAGCUGAUGGAAAAGUGACCCGUAACGCCAAGGAGGCUUACGAUGCUUCUUUAUUGAUGCCUGUCGGUGGCUCGGAGCACAACUCCGGGUACAAGGGCUACGGUUUAGGGCUGAUGGUCGAGAUACUCUGCGGCAUCCUGACCGGGAGUCAUUUCGGGCCGAACAUCCGCCCUUGGAAGACCGGCGACAGGGUCGCUGAUCUCGGGCAGUGCUUCAUGGCCAUUAAUCCGGAAGCAUUCGCGCGCGGAUCGAAAGAAAGAUUGACGACCUUGCUCAAACAGCUGAGAGACCUGCCCGCCUCCGGCGACAAGCCGGUCCUGAUCGCCGGCGAUCCCGAAAGGCAGCACAUGAAGAAAGUCGAUACGGAGGGUGGACUCGAGUAUCAUCCGAAUCAACUAAAGGCUUCGGAAGAGUUCGCUAAACACAUGGGCGUACAGCCGAUGAAACUCAUUCCUAAAUCCACUUGAUGUUUUUUACUUACCAAUAAAAAAAAAAAUUAAUGAACAGGUCUAUCCGACUUUAUUUCUUUUUUAUGUUUUAACGUUAGUCCACUUUUAAGUAAAUCCCAGUACAGAGUACGGGAGAUAAUCGAAAAUUAAUUAAAAUUAAACGCUGAUUCACUGACCAAGCAUUAAUUGCUGCGGCAAUAAAUACGAAGGUAUCUGUUUUAAUGUCAAUUUGAUGAACGUUAUGUAAUAUUUUAUUUUUUGAGUUUCGCUAGCUUAGACAUCUGGAACCGUAACGAGAUAGACGUAAGACUUCAAAAGCCGAUGAGACAAUUAUAUCAAUCUCAGAAUCGUACGGAUAAUGUUAAUGCCAAGGUAAAUCAGCUCGCUUGUGCAAUUCGAUAAUUUGAGUGAACACGAUGUUCGCUACGAGAUGACAUAACCGGUGGCAGCAGUUUGAUCGCCGGUCGAUGAUGAUGACGGCCUUGGACUUGCCCGUUCGUUCUCGAUUACAGUUGUUACGUCUUUGCAAGUGGGUGUCGCCGAUAAUGUGGGAUUAUCAGAAACAAAUAAGUCACAAGACGCCCUCGAACAUUGUUUCAGAUCGCGUUGUUUAUAAAUACUACAAAUUAGUUACAUGUUUCUUUUCUGAACGUCGAUGCUCUUUUCAAAGAGAUUUCCCGCAUAUAUGAAUUAACACGAAUAAAAACACAAUGUAUUAUUUUACAAAAUAAAAAUUGUAACGACUACA